CAACAAGGGUUCCAUGUUGACCGUCGCCAAGAUGAGGCCAGCCUGCAUCUCAUCUCGACGGGUCUUGACAACUGCCGAGUGGAUCUGGGGUGGUCACGUGGGUUAGUUGCUCAACAUCGUGAGCCUGGUUGGUCCAUCAACUUCCCACCACCGACUUGCGGCAAUUGCUUUACCUUGAGACCCAGAAUGUCUUUUGAGAUUGUUGUCCCCUCCGAGAAUGACGCCCCCAGCAUGGCCAGUGUCCAUCUGGACGCAAUGGAUCCCAAUUUGCUGAUGCAUGCCCAAUUUCCGAACACCGAGAGCCUGGAAUUCCUUCGAGGCUGGCUUUGCAGAGAGACGUUGGAUCACGUCCGCAGCGACGACAAGGGCGUCCUCAUCGCCCGAGACACAGACACCGGGAAGAUAUUGAGCUUUGUCAAGUGGGCGAUUCAUGGCCUGCGGCAAACGCGGUCAGAGCCCGAAGACGAAUUCCCGGCUUGUUGCCGGCGGGAGUAUCUCGACUCAUAUGCAGCUCUCACCAAAGAAGCAAGAGUUAAGGUGCUCGGUGAUAAGCCGCAUUACCACGUGUCAUAUCUCUGUACGGAUCCAAAGUUCGGUGGUCGAGGAGCUGCUUCUGGGCUGCUUCGACGAGUUCAGACGGAGGCAGCAGCCGAAAAUGCAGCAGUUAUUCUUGAGGCUACCAUGAACGCCGUGACCUUUUAUGAGAGGCUCGGCUUCAAGGUCCAAGAGAAACUCGAAAUGACUCUCCCAGCACGAGGAUCCAGCGAGCCAACCGAGCUCUACGAGGAGAGGACCAUGGUCUGGGCGCCUUAG